UACCAGUGACUUGCAUGAAAGUUCAACAGAUUCCAGCCGGCACCGGAGUCAUGAUCCCGCUAUAUUUAGUCGCACUUGCGCUGACACUUAUCGGUUUCGUUGUUCAUCGAUUGAUUAGUAAAAAAUCAUCAUUUGCUAGGAAUCUACCAUCGGUGGAACCACGUUACCCUUUGAUUGGAAACGGACUACUGGUACUGUGGAAGAAUGAUGAGCAAAUGUUCCGGAACUUCACCGGAGCCAUGGCUCAUCCGGCUCCGUUGUUCAAUUUUUGGCUGGGCCCGAUUCCGGCCGUUUGCAGCAGCGAUCCGGAAAUGGUGCAACGCAUUUUGACUCAUCCAGAUUGUAUGGAGAAGCCGUUUUUGUAUAAUUUUGUGAAGAUGGAACAGGGAAUGUUUGCUGCCAAGUUCCAUCACUGGAAACAGCAAAGGAAACGUUACAAUCCAACGUUCAACCAGAAAAUUCUCAACGGCUAUAUUCCGAUUUUUGAAAGGUGCUGCCAAGUUUUGGUCGAUAAGUUACAUUCCAAAUUGAAGCUCGGAUCAGGUAGCUUCCAGAUAUCUGAAUUCGUUCAUCGAUGUGCACUGGAAAUGGUCUGCUCAACAACCAUGGGAGUAGAUAUCAAUAGGAAUCCGGGGGCCGAUAGACUGGUCCAUUUGAUGCAGACGUCCUUCGAGCUGGUUUCUAGAAGGAUGUUCCGAUUCUAUUGGUACCCAGAAUGGAUUUACCAACUGACGUCGGAUUACCGCGAAGAUUGCAAUGCCAGAAAGGAAGCCUUCGGAUAUGGAAAAACAAUGAUUAAAGAGAGACUCGACCAGCAGUUGGACAAAAACAAAAUUUCAUCAACCGGAAGUGAUCCAGAAAACGAAAUUUAUCAUAAACCGCAAACCUUUUUGAACGAAUUGUUGGACCUAUUUGUGAAUGAUCAAAUUUCGGAGGAUGAGCUUCUACACAACACUUUUUUGAUGAUUGUUGCUGGCAGUGAUACUUCAGGUGGUGAAAUGGUGUUUCUAGCUCUGAUGUUGGGUCUUCAUCCGGAGUUACAGGAAAAGGUUUAUCAAGAAAUCGUUGACGUUCAUCCUUCAGAUGGAAAACUGGAGAUUACUCCAGAAUCCUUACGUAAACUGGAAUACACCGAGAUGAUUAUCAAAGAAGUUCUCCGACUUUUCCCAAUGGCACCGAAUAUAUUGAGGGCUUCGAUGAAAGAUGUUCAGCUAACAGAGGGCUUGACCAUACCCAAGGAUACGAUGUUCUUCGUUAGCCUGAUUAAUCUACAUCGCCGGCCGGAUGUUUGGGGACCGGAUGCUGAUCGAUUUGAUCCGGAGAGGUUUUCUCCCGAGCGGUCUGCUGGAAGACAUCCGUUUGCUUUUCUUCCCUUUAGUGGUGGCAAAAGAGAUUGUAUUGGGUACCGUUACGCGAUGAUGAGCUUGAAAGUCAUGGUGGUAUAUUUGUUGCGAAGUUUUAAGCUAUCAACGGACUGUAAAAUUGAGGAUUUACGCUUUCGUAUGGAUGCAAUGCUGAAGCUGGUUGAGGAACCCCAAGUUUCCUUCGAAAUUCGCGUUUUUCCGGAUUAUCUAGUGUUUCGAAAUAUGUUGACCGCUCUCGGAAUAUUGAUCCUCACGAUUGGUCUGACUAUCUACGGCUAUUGUAGAUAUCGGUUCAGAUUCGCCGAUCCCAUUCCGAAUGCUAGCCUGCCGAAGCAUAUAUUUUUUGGCCAUGGACUGUCCUUUAGGAGAAUCAAUCCGGUCAGGAUUUAUUGGGUGCUGAAGCGAGCCUACGACAACAAGGAAAGGAUAUUCAAGAUCGCUUUCGGGCCGAUGCCGGUGAUUUGCCCCAUUCAUCCGGAUCUGGUGCAGAAGGUGCUCUGCGAUUUUGCCACCAUCGAUAAGCCGUACUUCUACGAUUUUACCCAGCUUACCAACGGAUUGUUUGGAGGACCAUUGAUAUUUUCGGUUAGUCUUGCGAUCUACAGCUACUGUAGAUAUCGGUUUAGAUUUGCCGAUCCCAUUCCCGAUGCCAAUCUGCCCAAGGUGCCGUUUUUCGGGAAUGGCCUCUCGUUCCGGGGAGUCAAUCGAUUGAAGAUUUAUCCGGUGUUGCAUCAGGCCUUCAACACUAAGGCAAGGCUGUUCAAGAUCACCUUUGGGCCGAUGCCGAUCAUUUGCCCGAAUCAUCCGGACCUUAUGCAGAAGGUUAUGCUCGAUCCGGCCUCGAUGGAUAAACCGUACUUCUAUGACUUCUUUGGAAUCACCCAGGGAUUGUUUGGACUUCCAUAUUCAACCCCAAAAGGAUCGGAAAUGUUUCUCGCGACGCUUGCCUUUCUGUUUUUCGGAGUUCCGUUGGCCGCGUACAUUUAUGCAAGGAUCAUCUUCCGGUUUGCGGAUCGGAUUCCCUCGGUCGGGAAGUUGGUUCCGUUUUUCGGCAAUGGGUUGGAUUUUGCGCACAAAAAUUCGUUCGAAAUUUUCCAGAGCCUGUACAGUGCCUACCGGACCAAGGUGCGGAUUUUUAAGCUGCAGUUUGGACCGAUUCCGGUGAUCUGUCCCAAUCAUCCGGAUCUGCUGGGCAAGGUGCUCGUGGAGGUGGCCAGCUUGAAUAAGCCCUACGUCUACAACUUCAUUCGGGUGCCGCAGGGGCUGCUGGGGGCUCAGUAUGAUCUAUGGAAAGCGCAUCGCAAAGUGCUGAACCCAACCUUCAAUCUGCGGAUCCUGAACAGCUUCCAGCCGAUCUUCAACGAUUGCGUGAAUACGAUGAUGCGCAACAUCAAGGCCCAUGUGAAGCCAGGAGAACCGAUGAACAUCCUGGAGUUCACGUCGCCUUGUACGCUAUCGAUGGUUACGCGGACUUCCCUUGGAGGUCGGGUUUUGGAACGCGAAGGAACCAAGGAGUUCUGCGAAGGAAUGGAAAGUCUACUGCAUCAGUUGGGAAUCCGGAUGUUUAACGCCAAUCUUCAUCCGGAUUGGGUGUAUCGGUAUACCCGAAUCUAUCGGGCAGAAAUGAAGGCUCGUAACUUCUGCUGUGCUUGGACAGAUAAGAUUUUGGAGGAAAAGAAACAGGAGCUCGCAAAAAAGAAAGAAGACAUGAAUAACAACGCCGACUCCAAGGAAGAGAAUGAAGACAACGAAGUUUCCUACAAAAAGCCACAGAUUUUCAUCGAUCAGCUGCUAACGAUUCCACUACCCGAUGGCAGACCCUUCAGUGAUCAGGAAAUUCUCGACGAGAUUUACACGAUGAUAGCUGCGGGUAACGAAACAUCAGCGGUGCAAUCUGCGCACACCAUCCUCCUCCUAGCAAUGCACCCGGAAAUUCAGGAACGAGCCGUCGAGGAAAUUCUGCGAGUAUUCCCAACCCCAGAACAGAACUUCAACCAAGAUACCCUCAAACAGCUGGAGUUCCAGGAACGGAUCAUUAAGGAAUCUCAACGACUGAUGCCGGUGGCCUUCAUUCUAGGAAGAGCGGCACAGCACGAUAUUCAGCUAGAUGACUAUGUGUGUCCCAAGGGAACAAUUUUCAUUUUGAACCUCUUCGAGAUGCAACGGCGGAAAGAGUUCUGGGGUGAGGAUGCGCAUGAGUUCAAUCCGGAUCGGUUCCUGCCAGAGAAUAGCAAAAAUAGGCAUCCAUAUGCUUACGCACCCUUCAGUGCGGGACCUAGGAGUUGUAUAGGAAGUCGCUACGCCAUGAUGUCGAUGAAGACGCUGCUGACCGAACUCCUGCGCAACUACAAAUUCACCACCGACAUCAAGUACGACGAAAUUCAGUUCAAGUUUAAGGUUUCCCUUCACCUGGCCCAUCCGCAUCGUGUUUUCCUCGAGCCACGAAAUCUCUAUGGAGGAAGCAAAUAAAAUCACAAAACACAGUCCAGUUUUGCGUUUUUGCCAAUAUUUGUAUGUGUAUUUGUGUAUGCAAUAAGUUAACGUCUAUCAAUCAAUACCUUUAUGUUACCAAAUAAAAAGUUACCUACUUCCACCGAAA